CAAGAAAAACAACAGGAGUUAUUGAACCGAAAUAAACGACUGCGUCUGCGCAUAUCAGACCUCGAAUCAGAACUCAAAUUGGCCAAACGAACGGGAACCAAGGGGCGGCCAAGAAAGGCAGUAGAUUCACUUUUGAGCCAUGACAAGAUUGUUCUUUAUGGCAAAAAGUAUGCAAUUGUAGUUGAGCCAUUCAUUGACAGCGGUAUUUUCAUGAAGCCAGCUCCACAAAAUGCUAUCUAUACAUCGAUGUCAGAUGCUCGUUUCUCAAACUUCAGCGAGUACAAGGCAGGUUCGAUAGCCGAGCUAUAUACAUACUUAAGCAAUGAAGCAGAGAUGAAAGAGCAAGCAUCAGGCUAUGCACCUUUCCGCGAUGCAUUUGUACAUGAAGUCCAGAGCGAAACAAGUACAGCCCUUCACACCAUCCGUUCCUGUGCUCCAGUAAUUUUCUCGGAUCUCAAUCUGCCAGGAGAGCUCUGGCCACUUAACGCAGCAACUCAGCGCAAAGAGUCAAUACUUGUUCAAUCCCUCCUGCUUUUCCCAGAACAGGAAGCACCCGGAAUCUUUUUACCAAUCUUUUAUCCUGGGCUUGUAAAAGAUAAUAAUUUCCUAUUCAUGAAUGAAUAUUUACCAAAGGUACGUUAG